AUGCAGAAGAUGUGGUGCCCACGAUCCUGCUGGGCCAUCUGGGCAUUGCUGCCCCUCACUGCUACAAUGAAGCUGAUGCAGGAGUUGAACACUUCUGCAAUGACGGUGGCUUCGCGCGACUCAUGGCCUUUUUCCGCCAUUGGGGACUUUGUGUCGGAUGCUGUAGGCGAAGUUGGCGACACCGUCGCCAUGAUUGCCAAUGCAGGCUUGAAUGUCGGCACAGUUACGGCCAACGCCGCCCUAGUGGUCGGGACUCAGUUCGUGACCUCGCCGCCCCUGAGCUGGGACGAGCUGACAGACCUCCACAGCUUAGUGGACGACACCAUUAAAAAAACCGCCAUGCAGGCCGGACCAUUGCAUUCACCAUUUCUGCGAAAUCCGCUUGUGCGAGCAACAGCGGGUCGCCUGCGUGGGGUCAUGCUGGAGCAUGCGAAGAAGACCGCCGCUGAGGGUCGCAAACUGGCCGGGGCAACGGGACAUCACCUGGCCCAACGUGCCCAGGAAUUGGGAGUGCAGGCUGACCAACUUGGGCCUCUAGCCAUGGCAAUUGGGCUCGGCCCAUUUUGGGACAGGCUGAAGGACACCAUCAACUGCCUGGCCAACCAGAACCUCCCCACUCUUUGCGAGAUUCUCAUUGGCCACGAGUGCGAUUGCCGUGCUGGCAGUUAUGUCCAUCUCGACGAAGGUGGCCACCCAGACUGGGUGGACAUGAGGUGUAUCUACACGAGAGUUUCGAAAUUUACGGGUGGCUUCGGGAUCCAGGCAUCUGUAGACAGCGAUGGGGAGACCGACUCUGGGGUGCUUCCGGGGACUGAGACGCAACGGGACACCAUCGAGAGCUUCCAAGAAAUGGUGGGUCAAGUCAAGACCUCCUUGGAUGGGCUCGGCGCGAUGCAAAAGAGCUCGCCCUCGGCGUCAUGCGAAUCGGGUCUUGACGUGGCCAUCGAUGGAAUCUCGAAGUUUACCCCUGACCUGCAAACGAAAGCAUGGUCGAACGGACACACCGAAUUCAAUGUCAGUGGCACACUGCUCGUAUCCUACGAGACGAUGGUCUCCGGGGAGGGUAGCUGCAGCUACAAGCUCACGAAGGGUUUGCCGAAGAAACCAAUAACAAAGGUGAUCUGUGCCGGACCUUUCUGCGUCAUGAUAUCGCUGCAGAUGGUUGCAACUUUGGUCGGAGAGGGUGUCCUUACCGGAACGAUCCACAUGCGAAACGAUGCGGAAUUCUCAGUCCAUGCCUACGGAUGGGUCAAGGAAGAUGGCUCUUACAGCGUUCAUGUUAGAAAUCCCGGCACUUUCAGGCACCAGGAGAAUGUUCGGAUGGGGGCGAGCGCAGCGGCAUCCCUAAAGCUAAGUGUGGGGCCAGAACUCGUCGUUUGGCCUAUGCCUGGCAUUCCGCUGACUUUCCAUCCGACGCUCAAUGCUGAAGCCAGAGCACAGGCCCAUACCAUCCAGUACCCCCCAAGUACCAUCAAGAACGAGGGAGGCCGCCGGCGCAGACAUGCGGUCGAUAUAUGUGGCGCAGCCGCCGUGAGCGUCUACUCCGAUUUUGGCAUCGAAGGCUUCGGGCUACCAAAGGUGAUAAGGGAGCUCUUGAGCAAUGGCUUCUUCGAGGAGCAGCUCAAGGAUGCCAUGGAAAAGGGUGUGGAGGCAUGGAUAUUAGCGAUGUCAGGGAUAGCAAUGCACGGCGGGACGGAUUGCCUUGGUGACUUAGAAGCCGAGCUGCGGGCGAAGAUGACAAACAUCCUCGGGGACCUGAUUCCCGACUUGUCCCUGCGGUUCAACGUCCCUUCGUUUCAGCUGCUACCGCCUCAGAUGCUCUUCUGCAAGGUGGUCUGGAAAGAGCCAGACAACUUCGACCAGCUCCCCUGCGCAGAAGAGCUUGGGUGUCAGGCCGUCGGUCAGGGACCACCAACAUCGGACGCUGUGGCUGUGCCACCGGAGCAAGUAGAAACUCCGCCGAGAACGGCUGAGAAUGCGGUGCCAUGUGCCGAUCCUCUACAAGUAGGAGAUCGUUUUAUCCAGAUUGGCAAGUUUCGCAUUGCCGCCAUCAGUGACAAGUAUCUUUCAAUCUCGCAUCAGGACGGUCAAGCUGUGUCGCUCGUCGUCUCCGACGAGAGGGCGUGCGUUCGAAGCGAGUUUGGUCACAUCCCUGCGGGUGAUCGGCAGGAGGUCACCAAUGAAGCCUGGCGCAUCUGGCAGAGGCCUCUGGGGGAAGCCAAAGAAAUCGAGUUUGGCUUCAAGUUCAUCCAGAUUGGAAAGUUCCGCCUCGGCGACUACGAAGGGUGGCACUUCUCAAUUUCGCAUCUCGUGACGAAGAGGACCUGCCUGCUCUGGAAGCACGAUGGGGGGAGAUGGGGAGAUAGGCACCAGACUGGCCACAACGUCCUCGACCGUUUCUUGGGGGCUCCGUCGGGCAUCAGCAUCGGCAAGAAGUUCGUGCAGAUUGGCAACUUCCGACUUGCGGAGACUGACGACUCCCAGGGGCUACCCUUGCAAUUCAUGCGCUAUUACGACAAUGGACAUUGGGAGCGGCGCACGCUUGAAACCUUCCAGAGGGAUGGUGGACAUUCGCUGCACAACACCGACGAUUGGAAGAUACGUAAUAUAAACAAUCGUGAGGUGUUUGGGCAGGGAUGCAAGACCAUCGGUGAGAUUGCUCAUGGAGAGUGCACAAGCAGUUUCGCAACCUGGGGUGAUCGUUUCAUCCAGCUCGGCAAUUGGCGCCUUGCGGCUCUGGAUGCGGACCACUUCAGCAUUUCCCACAAGGGCGGCCAGAACGCAAUUUACAAGAGCAACGGCCACUUUUACUGGGAACGCGUGAGCGACCGUGCGUGGCGCAGGCCUCUCGGCUUCCCCCACGGCAUCGUCUUUGGGGCGAAGUUCAUCCAGAUCGGUCAAUUCCGCCUGGCCGCACUGGACGACGACCACUUGAGCAUCUCUCACCAGAAUGGCUGGACCAACCGGCUCUUCGUGGGCCACAACGGUCACGUCGUCGAUCGGCCGGGCGGGGGCCAUCACUGGAACGCCUGGAGGCACCUCGCCGGUGGUGACGAGAGUUUCCAGAAAGGCUUAAGUGCCGGCAUCUCCGGCGUGGGCUAUGGGGACAGAUUUUUGCAAAUCGGCCCCUUCCGCAUCGGGGUGGGGGAGUAUGAUGAUUUGCUCAUCACUCACAAGCACCCGGCCACUGGAUACCCACGAACUUUCCAAGUGUACCAAAGCAGCGGAACGGUCCUCGGGGCGCAACCGGAGGCAUCGCACUCCAACAAUAACCAUGUGCACCUGGUCCAUCGUCAUACGCAGUGGCACUGUGGCAACAUCCAGAGCAUGUUCGGCUCCUGCCCUGGAAUCACCGCAGGCGACGGCUUCAUACAGUUGGGGGAUUGGCGGCUCGCAGCGAUUGACUCGCGACAGUUCUCGAUCUCCCACCGAGAUUUGGUGACGCCCAUGAGCUUCACCUCUGAUGGGCAUUACCACCGUCACGGAGACCCCACCCAGGGAGACCACAGCUGGGACCGCGAAGCCAGGUACGUAGCCGCCGGGGAGAUGGGAGAGGUGACGCUCGGCGAUCGCUACAUCCAGUUCGGCAAGUACUGGCGCAUGGGGCAAGUCGAUGAUGGCCCCCUCUCCAUCUCUCACAUUGAUGGCAGGACUCCGGUGAUCUUCUACGAAGAUGGAAAUGUGAAGUACAUCGAGGAUCACAGUGGCUUCAACGACGCCCCCUUCACCCUCUGGAACCGCCACUCCGUCGAACCUAAGGGCAUCGGUUUUGGUGAUGGCUUCGUUCAGAUCGGCGACUUUCGUGUUGGAGACGUUGAUCAUGUGCGCUUGUCCGUCGCUAAUGCGAAGACUCGGAAGACGAGCGAGACUUUUAAGAAAGAUGGACAUACAGCGGACAGUGGCUCGACAGCAUGGACAACCCUGGGGCGUGCGCUCCAGCAUUGCCAGGUCAUCCCCAAAAAGGCUCCGAGCUUCACGUCGCCAGUCGCCUUCUACAACCCGAAACAUGGGCGCUGGCUACAGAUGAACAGAGGGAGCACCGACAUGACUGGCAGCGCUGACCAAAGAGGAGGUGACGGGCCUUUCUCUUUGAGGCUUCACUGGACCUAUGAGCGCUUCGCGGUUGUCGACGUCGGCAACGGGGACAUCGGACUUCACAACACCUUCAGCAACCGUUUCGUCAAGAUGGAAGGGUUGGAGAUGAUGGUCAGCUCAAUCAAGGAUGUCGACGACUUCCCACCUGGCUGGAAUCUCGAGCGCUUUCGUGUCGUCGACGCGGGAGACGGAAUGGUGGCGCUCUACCACCCGGUCAACCGCCGCUUCGUCACCAUGGAUCAGAACGGCCACGUCUAUCCAAGUGCCCCCGUGGACGACGGCAAGCUGCCUGCCCAUUGGUCUUAUGAGCGCUUCUACAUGAUGCCGGUGAGAAACUUUCUCGAACCGGAUACUCUGGUGGCCCUGUACAGCAAUGCACACGGCCGCUUCCUCCGCAUGUAUGAGCAUGCCCCAGGUCACUGCGACUUGGACAGCAGCCCAUCCGGGCCCAGCCUCGCGGAUACUUGGACAUUGGAGCGAUUCAGAGUGGUGGAUGCGGGCAAUGGCAUGGUUGCGCUGCACAGCCACCCCUACAACAAGUUCUUGCUGAUGGACGGCCACCACUUUGACAUUCGUUGCAGUGCCCCGUCGCCGACUGACAGCAGCGAACUCCCCUAUGGUUGGGGCUGGGAGGCGUUUGUCCCUGUUCCCAUGGCCUUCCAUGCAGACCAUCUCGAGAUCGCCUUGUGGCAUCCUGCUCACCACCGAGCCGUCCGAAUGAAUCACCACAUCGUCGAUGCGAGUCAUCCCGUAGCCCUCCAGGACCUGGCAAUGAACGCGGCCUUUGGCUGGGAGAAGUUUCGGGUCGUCCUGCUGGCAGACCCCAUGACCUAG